UAUGCCGAUAUUUCCCGGAUUGUCUUUCUUAUCCUUUUCCAGCAAAGAUUUCAUGGGGUUCGGCAUCGUCAGGCGAACCACGGACCUCGUGAUAAUGAGAAAUGCGACGCGGUAAAGUGUUUUUUUUUUCUUUUUCGUCUCCUUCUUGUAUUGACUCGGGUGUUCUGGGGGGGGGGAUGAUUGGAUGCGAACAUGGUGUCAGGAGACAAUAUGAGAGACUCUGUGUGAAAGAGGAUAGCUGCAGCAAUCGAUGCCGCAGGCCCAAGACCUUCACGAGCCACAGCAGGAAGUCGAGAUAAGCCAAGCUUCUAAUAUCUACUUUGUAACCAGGGAUUCAGUUCCGGGAUCCAGCAUGAUUAUGGCGUUGGCCGUCGAUUCGUUUUCGAUUUUGUGGUCCGACGGUUUUGGUCAUUUCAACUGGCCAGCAUAAAAAAAAAAGUAAAAGAAUUACCCUGACUUCCAUCAUGAGGGCAUACGACUGGUGAGGAUGUUGACUCGAGGGGAAGAAUCGAGCAACUUCAUUCAGUACACUGCACAAAUACAAACUUGCAGGUCAGAUAUCACGGCUGGAUGUUUGACUGUUUGACUGUAUUACGAAAUAAACGAAGAUAAUGCGAACCCUUCUGAUUGAAGCGGGCCCAGUCAUAGCCAUACGAUGCCGUACCCAUUCCUGCUGGUACGGUACACGUCUGGGGGACCCGUCCGUCAAUUUGUUCAACGAAAUUUCAUGGUUCCGCGCGUCUAGGGGGUUCAACCGAGGCUGCGCUCGACUAAAGACUUGCCUGGUGCGGCCGGCAAAAUCCUGACCGAAGAAUAUCCACGAUGAACAACGUGACAUCCUGCCGCAUGCAGAACUUUCAGCUGAGCCACGGCGCCCAGCUCCUUUCAUACCAGCUUUCGGCUUUUCGUCAGACUUGUACGUGCCCGAGAAUACAUAAAAAUUGGCUUGGUAGAUACCUACGCACGACAAGCUUAUUUCACUCACCGAGACCUCGCUUUCUUUACAGCGAAUGAAGUGAAAGAACACAAGAACCCCUCCAGAAAAAGUAAAGACAACAAGCAGGGCUGGGCGACUUUUUUUUUUUUUUUUUGCUGCCUUUGUUUGGUGCCGGUUGGGACUCUGGGCAAACCAAGCAAUUGAUAAAUUGAAUGGUAAGCAAUUUAUGGGAAGGGAGUGGCACCAACUGAAGCGCCACGCGCUCCGUGGUUGGCCAGAAGACCCGGCCAAGGGCUCGGCGACCACACUCGGAUCCGCUCCCAGACACCGCCGAUCCUCUCGGCGCUGCUCGGCGUGCCGCUUGAUCCGGUUUUUCUGUUCAAAAUUUCCACAUAUGCGAACCAAACUCUCCACUGCGAAGAUUGGUGAAGAAAGAAAACAUGUGGUAACUGAUGUGGUAUGGGGGGAGACUUUUCUGGGGGGAACAAGAAAGAGAGAGUCAACGCGAAAGGCCAAUUCCAGAAUAUGUCUGGGCCUCUUUUUCUGUUCGGCCGUCCCGUCGUGGAUUACCAUGGUUGUGCCCAUGGACGGCACAGCUUCACCAAAACAGGUCAUGAUCGGCUGACAGUUGCUGACCACGCCCGGCUUCCAGCGUGUUUCGGCGCGCUUUUUGUGCAGCACCGCCAAACGUCACCCGCUUCGGCCGCCUUCCGAAGGAACUUCUUUGGGGCCAUUGUUGGUUCUGGCCCCCUCGUUGGUCCUGCAGGCUCAGCUCCAGUCCUUCUUUUUUUUCCUUCCCUCCCUGCAUGGAAAAAGCCAUGGCGCCACCCACUAUUCCCAUGCUGUCUUGUCUUUCAACUGAACAUGCACCUGUCGCCAAGGACGAUAUCCACAACGGUCGGUAGGAAUCAUUGCUGGAGGGAUCUUUUGUCAGGGCCUAGGAGGCCAAACGUCUUUCCACAUUGGUCGACCGACCAGACCUUCCUAGGACAGAAGCGAUGGUGGCCAUGUUGGAGUCUCGGCGCCAACCCUCUUGUCCCCCAAUCCAGUCCCCAGAAUCCCAGCGGAGUGGUGGACAGUGGCUAUCUGUGGGGUCAGAGAUUGUUAUUGGAAUUGUUGCGUAAAAAAAGUACGGACUCGUGUGAGACCACCAGGGCCCCCCCCCCCUCGAUCCCACGAGAGCAUGAUACCUUACCAACCUAGACUUGACAAGAGAUAGAAGGGCGAGCGUGGCGAUUCGCUAAGCCGAACUGGAGCUUCCGAUGAUAACCUCCUUGUCACGGACCAAUAUUCCCAUUGGGGAACCGAGCCAACGGUGAUGUCCUUAUCAAUGAAAGGACCCUGAUAUUUAGGUAGCACGUCGCAUGCCUACUUGGUCAAAGUUGUUUUCUUCCUUACUCUCCCUUUCACCUCCAACGCUUUCGUUCGGUCAAGCUGUAUAUUCAACUUGGUCGCUCAAACCGGUCGUGCUUACCUCGCCUUCCUGGUCUUCUCCAUCUCCUGUUUCCUUUUUUUUCUUAGACAGCCGGCUCUAUCCUCCUAAUAAUAACCCCCACCGAAAUGUCAAACCCAACACCGGUCGGGGCAGCGCCCGAGCGGCCGUCCGAAAAGACCGUCGCGAUGGAGAACGACGCCACGCGCCAGGAUUCGUACAGCUCGGGCUCGCCGGCGCACGAGCCUCAAGGAUUCUCCGAGGAGACACAGAAGCGGCCAAUUCACCGCAGGCUGAUCGAUUCCGCCAAGACGCCCGGUUCGGCCAUUCAGAUCGUCAUUGCGGCCGUGGUCGCCAUCGCCAUCGGCCUGAUCGUCACCACCCAGGUCGACACCGUCCCAAAGGCGGUGAUACCAAUCCUCAGCAUCCCCGGUGACCUGUGGCUGCGUGCCCUCAAGGCUGUUGUUCUGCCCCUCAUCAUGACGGCCAUGAUUCUCGCCGUUAUCAGGCUCAAGGAAAUGACUGGCGGCGGUGCGAAGCUCGCCAAGUGGACUGUCGGAUAUUAUGUCAUCACAACAAUCAUCUCCAUCUUGGUUACCUGUCUCCUGACCGGCCUUGCCUGGCGCAGAUUGAUGAUUGAGGUGCGGGGCGACGCGUUGGCCAUGGAUGACGACCAAAAGGAUCUUGUCGCAGAGCGCAGCGAGAAUGAGCCGCACACAGUGGUUGUGACCCUUUUCCGCUCAUUCAUCACCGACAACAUCUUCAGGUCCCUUGCCGAGGCCGAGCUCCUCGCCAUCUUGAUCGUCUCGGUCGUCCUUGGAUCUAUCAUCAACCCCACUGGGCGCCUCAUCCCGGCCAUUGAGGAGGUGGAGAAGAUGGUCACCAAAAUCAUCACCUUCCUCAUCAAGGUGGCACCCAUCGGCGUCUUCUUUCUGAUUCUGCCCAACCUGCUUCGACUCAACAUUGAAGACAUCGGCAUCAACCUGGGCGUUUUGAUCGGCGCGGCGCUUGCAGGCAUGUUCCUGCACCUCUUCGUCAUCGUCCCGGCCAUUUACUUUUUCGUCGUCCGCGAGAACCCUUACUCCAUGUGGUUCAAGUCGUCGCCUGCUUGGGUGACAGCCUGGGGUACGGCGUCGUCUGCUGCCACGCUUCCUGUCACCAUGCGCGAGACCAUCGCUCGCGGCGUGCCAAAGACUGUGGCCAAGUUUACCGUCCCGCUCGGUUGCUUGAUCAACAUGGAUGGAACCGCCAUCUACUUCCCCAUCUGCGUCGUCUUCCUGGCCCAGACCCAGGGCAUCGAGCUGAGCCCGGUGCAGUACAUCAUUAUUGCCCUGCUGGCUACACUGGCUUCCAUCGGCACCACGCCCAUCCCGUCGUCGUCGCUGGUCCUCACCGUCAUGAUUGCCAACUCGGUCGACGUUCCCGUCACGGGCAUGUACGCCGUCAUUGUGGCCAUCGACUGGUUUAUCGACCGCUUCCGUACUGCCGUCAACGUCUCGAGCGACAUUUACGCCGCCAAGAUCCUUACCAAGAUUACCGGCAUCACCGACGAUGGUCUGGACAAGCCCGAAAACACAUCGGACGAGGAGUUGGCCCGAGAGCACUACGCCCCCGCUCCGGUGGUGGAUAACACCCACCGCGUCUAAGGCAUUUUCAACGGUCGCUUUCAUGUCGUAUAGUGUAAUGAGUUCGAUAUCAAAACUGGUCAUUUUUCGAGCGCUUUCUUAUUGGUGUUUUGGUGGGGAUUUAUCAAGUUUGGCUGGGUCCC